UUUCAUGGCAACUGCUUUCUCAAACUCUUGUUUCAAUGGUGGCACUUCGACUCACCAUCCUUUGUUAAACACAACCCAUAUAAGCCCACCUCCUAACAUCCCUAGUUUUUCCCAAAAUCCCAUUAAAUCCCCGUUUCUCAAAGAGAUUUGCAAGCAAGGCAAUCUGAAGGGAGCGUUUCAAUCUUUAACUUAUCUGUUUACUGAUAAUAACUCACUUUUGAUUUCCCCAGAUGAAGCUUAUGCACAAGUGCUUGAGCUUUGUGCCAAAAAGAAAGCCCUCCUUCAAGGCAGGCAAACUCAUGGCAGUUUGAUCAAAUAUUAUAAUAGUACGUCUGAAUCGUUGUUUUUGGAUACUAAGCUUGUGUUUAUGUAUGGGAAAUGUGGUAGCAUUACUGACGCGGAAAAGGUGUUUGAUAAAAUGUCUGAGAGAACAAUUUUUACAUGGAAUGCUUUGUUAGGCGCUUAUGUCUCAAAUGGGGAACCUUUGGGAGCUCUUAAAACAUAUCGAGAAAUGCGGGUUUUGGGUAUUCCUCUUGAUGCUUAUACUUUUCCAUCCGUACUUAAAGCUUGUAGUGUGCUUAAAGAUCUUAAUUGUGGAGCUGAAAUUCAUGGUUUAGUCAUUAAAUGUGGCUAUGAUUCUAUUGCUUUUGUUGUUAAUUCUCUUGUUGCUAUGUAUGCAAAGUGCCAUGAGCUUGUUAAAGCGAAGCAAUUAUUUGACAAAGUGGGUAAAACAGAAGAUGUUGUGCUAUGGAAUUCUAUAAUUUCAGCAUAUUCUGCAAAUGGGUACAGCAUGGAGGCAUUAGAUGUCUUCAGAAAUAUGCAAAAAGGUGGUCUUGUUACAAAUAGUUAUACUUUUGUUGCCGCUCUUCAAGCGUGUGAGGAUUCUUUAUUCAAAAAACUGGGUAUGGAGAUUCAUGCUGCUAUUUUGAAAUCAAGUCACAAACUUGAGGUUUAUGUGGGAAAUGCUUUGAUUGCUCUGUAUGCUAGAUGUGGUAAAAUGACUGAAGCUGAACGAGUAUUAAAUUCAUUGGAGGACAAGGAUGAAGUGUCGUGGAAUUCCAUGCUCACUGGUUUUGUCCAAAAUGGUAUGUAUGGUGAAGCUAUGCAAUUCUUUCGUGAUUUGCAACGAGCUGGUCACCAACCUGACCAGGUUUCUGUUAUAAGUGCUCUUACGGCAUCUGGGCGAUUGUGUAAUUUAUUAAAUGGAAUGGAAUUACAUGCUUUUGCAAUAAAACAUGGUGUUGUUGCUGAUUUGCAGGUUGGUAAUACUCUUUUGGAUAUGUAUGCAAAAUGUUUUUGUGCGAAAUACAUGGGCCGUGCUUUUGAUCAGAUGCAUGUAAAGGAUUUCAUUUCUUGGACAACUCUUAUUUCUGGCUAUGCUCAGAACAAUUGUCAUGCAAGGGCCUUAGCAUUGUUCAGGAAAGUUCAGACAGAAGGGGUUGAUGUGGAUAUUGUGAUGAUAGGAAGUGCGCUAAUGGCUUGUAGCGGAUUAAAAUGCAUGUCUCGAUUGAAAGAAAUACAUGGUUAUAUUAUCAGAAAAGGUUUAUCUGAUCUUGUGCUACAAAACUCAGUUGUUGACGUAUACGGAGAGAGUGGAAACAUUAUUUAUGCCAGAAAAAUGUUUGAGUCCAUUGAAUCUAAAGAUAUUGUGUCUUGGACCAGCAUGAUGUCAACUUACGUCCAUAAUGGACUUGCAAAUGAAGCUCUGGAAAUUUUCUACUUAAUGAAUGAAACUAAUGUUGAACCGGAUUCUAUAGCAAUAGUGAGUAUACUCUCUGCUGCUGCAAGUUUAUCUACCUCAAAGAAAGGAAAAGAAAUUCAUGGUUUUGUUGUCAGGAUAGGCUUCAUGUUAGAGGGAUCUUUAGCCAGCUCUCUGGUAGAUAUGUAUGCUCGUUGCGGAGCUCUAGAGAAUGCAUAUAAGGUAUUUAAUUGUGUCCACAAUAAAGAUCUAGUUUUAUGGACAAGUAUGAUCAAUGCAAACGGACUGCAUGGCCGUGGCAAAGCUGCCGUUGAUUUAUUCUAUAAGAUGGAGAGUGAAAAUAUUGCUCCUGAUCAUAUAACCUUUUUGGCACUUCUUUAUGCUUGCAGCCAUUCUGGAUUGAUCGACGAGGGCAAAAGAUUUAUUGAUAUUAUGAGAUAUGAAUAUAAUUUGGAGCCAUGGCCAGAACACUCUGCCUGCCUUGUUGAUCUGCUUGGUCGCGCAAAUCGGUUGGAGGAGGCAUACCAAUUUGUUAUAAGUAUGCAAAUUGAGCCUAAUGCUGAAAUUUGGUGCUCUCUUCUUGGGGCUUGUCAGGUCCACUCUAACAAAGAACUAGGAGAAAUUGCGGCACGAAAGCUAUUAGAACUGGACCCAGAGAAUCCUGGAAAUUAUGUGCUUGUAUCUAAUGUCUUUGCCGCUAGUGGUAGAUGGAAAGAUGUUGAACAAGUGAGAAUGAAAAUGAAGGGAAGUGGGUUGAAGAAAACACCCGGAUGUAGUUGGAUGGAGAUUGGAAAUAAGCUUCAUACGUUCAUUGCAAGAGACAAGUCUCAUCCAGAGUCCAAUGAGAUAUACAAAAAGCUGGCUCAAAUUACCAAGAAAUUGGAGAGUGAAGGAGGCUAUGUGGCUCAAACUAAAUUUGUCUUGCACAAUGUGGAGGACAAAGAGAAGGUUCAGAUGCUAUAUGGUCAUAGUGAAAGGCUGGCCAUUGCAUAUGGUCUACUUAAGUCUACAAAGGGAGACGUUAUUCGCAUUACAAAGAACCUUCGUGUUUGUGCUGAUUGUCAUGUUUUCUGCAAGCUUGUUUCAAGGUUCUUCGAACGAGAACUUCUUGUGAGGGACGCCAACAGGUUUCAUCAUUUUAAGGAUGGGAUUUGCUCUUGUGGAGAUUUCUGGUAACAUUUACUAUUAUGUUGAAUGAUUUAAUUAUGAAAGAGUUCUAAGUUUCAUUCUUGCUAGUGAUUAUGGUUGGGUCACUUGUAAAUGGAAGAGCCACCACCAGCCCAUACGAUCGAGGAAAGUUUUCGGUGGAUGAACAUACGACGUCAGUGUAAGUCUAUCUGAUAAGACUCCAUCAUCUAAUGCAUUAUUGCAGAAUUAAUGGAACAUGCAUCAUAUUGGUUAAACGAGAUAUACAAAGGACAUGAUGUAUCUAAUCCUAUCCAAGAAUUUUUCGUCCAUAUGUCAUGAAGAGGAGGAAAUUGUUCAAAUCCCUUAUUGCCACAUUGCCCAAAUCGAAAGAACAGAGCUAGAAAAUUGUAAUUAUCCACAUGUGGGAAUCUAAUUCAACACUCUAGCUACUGAUGAAGAUGUUCUUCUCAAGCACAAGGCUUGCUAAUUGGAGGUUCUCUGUGCUUCAAACUUGGAGAUAUGAAGAAAAAAGGCCACAGACGUAAGUGAAAAUGUACUAAUUAAUCCUCAUUUCAUUCAUAGAACCACAAUUAGCUAAUCCAAACUGUUGUAUAUCAUAAUUGAACUAUAUUACUGAAAACAAGUCAAUUAAAAGAGAUUGUGAAUAUUUCUUGUAUCCCAUUCUUCCCAGUAAUAA